AUGGCUCCAGCAGAGAAGAAGAAGAAAGAGGAGGCCAAGGAAGCCGAGAGAAAGAGGGCGGAGCAGAGGCAGCUAUUGAAGAAGAAGAAGUUGCGAGAGACCGUUGUCAACUCGGUUCUUGCCUUCCCUACAUAUCGCCCUUCUUCUUCUUCUUUCAGAAGACGUCCAAGUUUUCCUCAAGAAUAUAAUAACGAGCAAAACCAAAGCCAGGGCCAAGGCCAAGGAGUCGUUCAUGCACCAGUUAUUAAGAAAAAGUGGGUGCCAAAGUCCGGGUCCUUGUCUGAGAAUGGUGCAGCCAAAGCCACUGCUAGUCCCAGCUCCUUGGAGAUGGAGAAGGAGAAGGGAAAUGAGACCGAAGGCUGCGAGGCUACUGUCGAAAAGAAACAAACAAAUGAGGGAGUAGUAGAUGGAGAGGAGAAAACAAAGGAGGAGGAGGGUAUUAAUAACGGCGGAGAUGGCAGUAGUAGCAUCAAGAGUGUCGAUGGGAAGAGUAGACAAAAUAAGAAUGGAAGCGUGCGAAGAAAACUAAGGAAGCAGAAGAAGGCUGUUGAUGGAGGAGAGAAAAAGGAGGCUGAGGAUACUAAAGAAGGUGAUACUAGCAGUGUGCAAAACCAGAUCACUCCUCAUUUAUAUACUUUGAAAGAAUAUGAGGAGAUGAAGAAGAGGGAGAGUUUGAAAGAGAAGAAAGAUAAUGACAAUAACUCUUCCCACCAGCAGCCUCAGUCGCCCAAGAAAGUGAGCAUUGAUGUCAAUAAGGAAUUCCAAACACCGCUGGUGGAUGAGAGACAACGCCGUUUCGAUAAUGGAGGUCGAAGAUUUAACAGUGAAGUGCGGAGAAGGCACAACAAUGCAAGGCCGAUGCAUAACAAUGGAGAACCGAGAUUCAAUAAUGAAGGGCCGAGAUACAACAAUGGAGAGCGGAGGUUUAACAAUGAAGGCCGAAGAUUUGAAAACGGAGGACAAAGAUUUAACAAUGAAGGCCAAAAACUUGAAUUUAGUUUAAACAAUGCAGAAUUUCCUAUCCUUGGAAGAAAAUAA